AUGGCAUCGGCUCCGGAUCCCGCCGUGCGCGUCGACAAGGUGGAGGCACCGCCGGUCUACAUCGACACCGAUGUCGGCAAGGACGACGAGUCGGCCGACGGCACCGAGGCCAAGCCGUUCAAGUCGCUGGCCCACGCGUACAUUCAGAACCUGGACAAGCCUGCAAAGGCGUACCUGAUGCGCUCGUCGACGACGACACCAGCCGGUGGUGACGCGGCCGACGAGGCGGCUCGUCUGCAGUGGAAGGCGCCGGCCAAGAGCGCGGCCAAGAAGGCACAGACGCUGCUGGACGGGCACAAGAAGAAGCUGGCGCGGGCCGAGCAGACGCUGGCCAAGGAGGAGGAGCAGAAGCAGCAGCGGGCCAAGAACCUGGAGGCGGCGAAGUCGGUGACCAUCAAGGAGGACCCGGCACUGCCCAAGGCGCAGACGAUCAAGCUGUGGCAAAAGGACGUGCCGCUGGGCGACCCGGCCACGGGCGUCAAGGGCACGCGGGUGCGCGUGUUUGGGCACAUCCACCGGCUGCGCGUGCAGAAACAGGCGACGUUUUUGACGCUCAAGGACGGCUACGGGUUCCUGCAGUGCGUCAUUGCGGCGGGCCCGCUGACGUCGACGUACGAGGCGCUGCUGUUUGCGCAGGAGACGUCGCUGUUCUUGUUUGGCGAGCUGCGCACGGUGCCGGCGGGUGCGACGGCGCCCGACGGCCGCGAGCUGCACGUGGACUACUACGAGGUGUACGGACGCGCGCCGGGCGAUGCGGAGGCGAUUACGAACAUUGUGGCAUCGGGCCAGCAGGACCCGUGGGAGUCGGACAUGCUGGACAAGCGGCACCUGGUGCUGCGCGGCGACAAGGCGUCGGCCGUGAUGAAGCUGCGGUCGGUGCUGUACGAGGCGUUUGUUCUCAACUUCAAGGCGCGGCGCAUCGCGGCCGUCUCGCCGCCGGCGUUUGUGCAGACGCAGGUCGAGGGCGGCGCGACGCUGUUCCGCGUGCCGUACUACAACGAGGACGCCUACCUGACGCAGUCGUCGCAGCUGUACCUGGAGACGUGCCUGCCGAGCAUGGGCGACGUCUACUGCAUCGAGAAGUCGUUCCGCGCCGAGAAGUCGCUGACGCGCCGCCACCUGUCCGAGUACACGCACAUUGAGGCCGAGCUCGACGCCAUUGUCUUUGACGACAUGCUGGUGCACAUUGAGGACAUGAUCUGCAGCGUCGUGGACGCGGUGCUGGCGGACCCGGUCGGCAAGGAGCUGGUCGAGCUGCUGCACCCCGGCUUCGUCAAGCCGGCGCGCCCGUUCAAGCGCAUGAAGUACACGGACGCCAUCGACUGGCUCAACGCGCAAGACCCGCCGGUGCUGAACGAGGAGGGCCAGCCGCACGUGUUUGGCGACGACAUUGCCGAGGCGGCCGAGCGCAAGAUGGUCGACACGCUCAACGUGCCGGUGCUCCUGACGCACUUCCCCGUCGAGGUCAAGGCGUUCUACAUGAAGAAGGACCCCGACGAUCCGCGCGUCACCGAGAGCGUCGACGUGCUGAUGCCCAACGUGGGCGAGAUUGUGGGUGGCUCGAUGCGCAUGGACGACUACGACGAGCUGAUGGCGGCCUUUAAGAACAAGGGCCUCAACCCGGAGCCGUACUACUGGUACCUGGACCAGCGCAAGUACGGCACGAGCCCGCACGGCGGCUACGGUCUGGGCCUGGAGCGCCUGCUGGCCUGGCUUGCCAACCAGCACACCGUCCGCACAUGCUCCCUGUACCCGCGCUUCAUGGGCCGCGCGAAGCCGUAA